AUGAAGAGCAACGACAUCUCCCUGGAGAGCACGAUUGUCGGGUCCGUCUCUACUCCCGAGGUCAGUCUCAGCGACACCAAAUUCAAUACCCUCCUCCGCCACGCCGGCCUCUCGCCCCCCGAGCCGCUUGUGCAGCUUGCAAGACCGGAUGACUUUGAAUUUGAAGCUCUUGUCACGGACAACAACCGUGCCUAUGCGAGGGCACUUCUCGUACGGGCACGAUCGAACGACCCAGAGUACCGUCCUCCCGACCAACAAAAACGCCAUCUUCUGCGCAUGCCCACCCGGAAAAGCCUAAAAAUGGAUGGCGAAACAUGGACUUUUACAAAACACGAGGUUGGAAAAGCUUUCAAUAGUCUAUUUGAAUUUGAUACGCUCCCUGAUAUCGGCGUCGCACAAGCGCUCUUGUCUUUCGUGGAAGAUUUGCACUCGCUGGAUGAGCUGUGGGAGCAUUUUCAAGACAGCAAGCUUCAGAAGCGACAGUCCAGCAUAUUCCGCCGAUCUGCCUCGACAUCCCGUACCACAGCAAGCUGGCUAGAGACCGCCACCGAGCAAGGAAACACGCACUACAUACGCUUGAUUUGCCAAAUUGGUGUUAGACAGGUGUUGCUAGAUCACGCCUUCAUCGUGGCACUUAAAAGGCAGGACAUGGCCUCUAUUCACAUGCUGGCCGAAUUUGGUGCUUCUAUUAGCUCUAUCAACAGAGAAGUUGUUCAGGGAUACGUGAAGCGAGGUAAUGUUGACGUCGUGAGGCUACUCCUCGCCGCACCGAAUGAGUUGAGCACCGAGGACUGGCAACACUGCUUCCAAAAGGAGAUUACUGCCAGUGCUCAGGGUCUGGAUGUAGUGAGGGCUCUUGUGCAAUGCUUACAUUACGAAUCGUCAAUUGCGAGUGGAAAGCUCCUGCUGAAGGCGCUCGAGGCCCAGAACACUGCCGCGGUUGCAGUGCUUCUCGCCUACCGAGCGAUCUGCAAGGCAGGAGCCGACACCGACGCUGCAUGGUCCUGGAGCCCCACGGGCAAUCAUGAAGAGCACGAAACUAUAGCCAUUCAAGCAUGUCUUUGUGUUUCUGAGAUUGCCGAGCCUGGGACACGGUACACUUUCUACUCUCUACUGAAUGUGGUCGGUUUACUUAGAGCCUGUCCGGCUUUAGAGCUUGAAAUGGACCUCAGUGUUCGAAACAGACGACUGCCUAUGAUUAGACUUCUCAUCAAUGCCGGUAUGUGGCCGCCCAUUCAAGGAGCGGUGGCAACGAUGGACUUUGCGCUUCUGGAAAUAAUGGUUCAUACCCGUAUCACACCAGAAGAGGCAUCUAAGCUAGUGUCCUUUGUCCCCGAGCCCAUAACGGAGGACGACAUGGUCCGCUUCCUCAACAUAUUCUCUCGCGCAUCAAAGAGUCUACAGGGUCCGUUACUGGACCAGUGGCUGGUCAGAGCGGUCAAGAAUAAACGUCGACGGCUUGUCCAUGCGCUUCUACAAGUGGGCGCAACUGUCACCUUCGAGUCGGCCGCUGCAAUCAGAGCCGCGCUCGGCGCCAUGGACACUGAAAUACUGCAGAUCUUGUUGCGGGAGAAAAUCUCCAGCAAGGAGCUUUCACCGGCACUGCCUGUCGCCAUGAAUAUUACCGACGGCGCCUUUCGAAGGCAAGUAGUCUGGGCUCUAGCCGACAAGGGCGUCCAAAAAGAGGCCCUUAUUAAUGCGCUUUCCCGCGUAGUCCAGUCCCCGAGCCCCGAUCUCGAACUCAUCAGACUCAUUCUCAAGUACAAGAUUCUCACUAAACACAGCAGCCAAGGUCUUGACGUUUUCCGCAUCGCCAUCAAGCAAGGCAAUCUAGCCGUCAUCAGGCUUCUCUGCGAGGGACGCCCAGAUGCCGUCCUUCUGGCCGAGGCUGUUACAGAAGCCUUUUCCCAGCUUUCACAGCACGGCCAUGAUGUAACAUUCACCAUUGUUGACAUGCUACUACAAAAUGGAGCGCGAGGGCCACCGUUAGACGCAGCUCUCAUUCUGGUCGCCGGCUCCGACAGACCUCGCGCUCAAGAUACCGCCCGUCUGCUCAUCGGUCGUGGCGCUGGUGCCAACCAUCUACAAGGCAGCGCUUACAUGGCAGCUUGUACCAGCUCAAACUAUCCCAUGCUUGCUAUUCUCUGCAAAGGGUGUCCGAUGCAGCCAGCUAGCUUGCGGAGACUUCUCGGCAUCCUUCUCAAAGCUGCCAAUCUUGAGGCCGAAGCCCUCGAGAUGGUCCUCAAGUCAGCAGUUGCGUCGAGUGCGGCCACAAUCAACACGGCAUGCACACCGAAGCUGCUCAGCGGCAGCCGCCACCUAGCUUCAAUCAUUCCACGCCUCCUGCAUCACGGCCUUGAUAUCAAUCUUGCCGAUGGAGAAAUUCUGCGGAUGGUUGUACAAGAAAACAGUAUUUCUCUCCUAGAGAGAGCUCUGACCUCUCCCGGGUUAACUACCGGCUCCCUGAAGAAAGCUUUCAAGGCUACGCAGGAGAUAAAACCCCGGGACAAUCAGCUGAAGAUGAUGGCUUUACUCUUACACAAAGCAAAAUUCUCAGAGAUUGGUCAGUCUGAUAGACUUUCUGAAGAGACCAUGGAGGCUCUUUCGUCGGAUGGUGACCGAAUAGGUCUACAUCUUCUAUUACGGGAGAAGGCCUCGGUCAAUGCCGAUGGAGGUAAGGCUCUACGCAUCGCUGCUGCAAUGUCAGUCAGCUCCACCGCAGUUCUCGAGAGCCUUUUACGCCAAUCCCCCAGUGGCUCAACCAUAGGCUCAUCUUGUCGUGCCGCGUUAGCAUCACCAAAGUUGGAUCAGCGACAAACAGAGGCUGUACUCAAGCUCCUCCUUGCCUCCAAAACCAGUCUCACAGAAGCUGAAAUGGCAGAUUUACUUGAAGACAGCAUAAAACGGCUCGGCGAUUCGACUUUCCUCCCGAGCAUACUAAUCAAACGUCAUGCUAAAGUCAGCUCCCGACACCUUCAAGCCGCGCUCGCUAGGAGCAGCAAAGAGCUAUUUGAAUUGUUGGUCCGCAACUUUGGCCCCGACAAGGACAAAAAAUUUUCGUUCUUCUCUCACGUCGUGAGCAAGGCACCUAUCAAGUCCGAUCGGAGGCUUUGGAUUUACGAUACCAUGCUCAGUAAUUGGAAAAUUCCACAAGCCUGCGUCUCUGAGGCCCUAGUCAGCGCGUUAGAAAGCGUAAGCCUUGCCGACGUUGCUUUGCCAAAACUCCUACUUCAACACGGCGCCGAGGUAACGUUCAAGAAUCUCUUACCGCUAAAGCUCUCGUUCAAACUGAGAGAUGGCACGGAGAUUUCUGAGCUGCUGAUCAAGCACAUCAAGGAUGGUGAUGCGGCUGUGGCUGUGUUUCAAUUUGCUCGUGCUUCUUCGGCAUUGAAUCCCGCGUCCAAGUUGCGUAUUUACGGCCAACUACUCAAGAAGCACAAGAUGAGCAAAGGGUUGGCUAGUGAACUACUCAUUGACACUCUCAAAGAUGGGCAGGACGUUGCGUCGAUUCGAUUUCUGCUUGCGCAGGGCGCUAAACCCGCUCAAGACGGCGCAAAAUGCUUCCUUUUAGCGUACCGCGCCGGGAAUGGCACGGCUUUCAAGGCAAUGUGCCCUUAUGCAGAGUUUGACACCAUCAGUCGUGCUCUGUUGGAGCAUUCAUCUCAAGAGAAGCACGUCAUCACUUGGCUGGGCUUGUGCGUGGGCACACUCGCACCUCCAGCAGCACGCAUCAAAGAUCCAAAGCUGCUGUACGAGGCGAUGCGCAAAUUUCCGGAUGGAGGCGCACUAGUGGGAAGAUUCCUGGAAUACGGAGCAUCUGCAGGGACGUUGGCGAAAUGGUCGCUGUGCAAGGAAUGGGAAGUUGAGCAGGUCACACCUCUUCUGUGGGCGUUGUUCCAACCUGAAAAGGUAUCAAAUCACACAUUGCUAGCUCUGAUUGCUCGAGGGAAAGAAGCGCACCCUCUAUACCUCACGCCCAAGUCGCAAGUCUCAGCAGCAUUUGCUUGCAUGCUCGACCCUGCUCGAACUCCUAUCCUCAAAGCCCUCCUCAAGCAGCACAGGGAACCAAUCACGGCUUCCAUCAUCCCAGGUCGUUCGUUUUCAUACCUUGGCCAGAGACCAAGUAGGCCAACGUACGAAGAGAUGGUCAAGGAAGACCUCCCUCUCAGCACCGCGGCGUUGUACCUUGGCAAUUUGAAGGCCUACCGCGCACUGAGAGGCGGCGAGAAUGCAGACGAUGGGUCGCUACACACCGCUGCUAUGCUCGCGCUACCAGAUUUCGUCGAGUGGCUUCUCGAGCGCCAUAGCGCCGACCUCUCCUUGGAGAAGUUUGGGAUGAUGAUCCCUCUUGCGAUUGCUUGUCACUCCCAGGACCGCCCAUGGUGCAAAGUCGCCAAAACCAACGGGUCCUUUGAGAACCGGCAAAAGCAAACGAUGAGGUUGCUGGCGAGUCGCACUGAUCUCUCCUGGCGCCACCGACGAAAGACGGUACUCCAUUUUGCCAUUGACAACGGACCUGGCGUGGUAAAGGCCAUGCUCCAAGUUCUCAAUGUGGCCCAAGAUCCGGAACGGAACAAUCGGUAUCAGUACAUCGACCGAGAAGGCAUUGCGUACUCAUUAACCAUGUACAUCAGCCACCUCUUGGAUCCAGAGACUAAGAAGAGCGAGUCGAAAGAGAUGAUAGAAAUAUUGAAGAACGAGGUACGCUAA